CAGCAAACGAGUUACGGUUUUAAAGCGAUAGCUCGGUGUCGGUAAGCGAACACCGUCGGACGCUCCACUCUUUGGUCUAUCCAACAAAAGUAGCUGCAGCAUCAACCGCAGCAGCCUGCUUAAACACACAAGCUUAUGAUACACACUUGCUGGUUACCGAGUAAGGGGCCGGUGUCUCGGAGUCUAAAUUUAGCCCAGCGACCAGACGUCCGCGACUGCGACUAAAACGACGAAGUGUGAAUUUUCCAAGCGUAGUAGAAAGGCGGCCAGUCGGGGCCAAGGUCACCGCGAAUCUUCGCCCCCGCGAGUGGCAAGAUGGCAGUUGAUUUCUGGUUCCUUCUCCGAUUGGAACCCCUCACCUUCCUUCCGCCCCGCGGGGGUGAAGAAUCGUGCCCCCAGCACGAGCAGCGGCGCUAAUCGCGUGCAGUACUUCUGUAAAUAAAUCUCAAAGAGGGAACGGUGCCGAGAUAACUCCUCGGGAGGAGGCAGGCGGGAGGCGUCGCGACGCUCAGCGCGCGGCGCGGCCCAGAGAACGUGGUGGUUGGUAUCGACCCGGAGGGUGGCGAGCGCUAGGCGCACGCCUGGACGCCGCCGACUACUGGAAGAAUGUCGUGCGACUGCGGUGCGCUCGGUGUAGCCCGGCCAGUGCCCCGCGCGCGGGCGGUUCAUCUGAUCAUUCGGCUGUUCGGUUGACGGUGCGAGUCGCGGCCGCAGCGGAGCGCCCUGACCUGGCGACCACAAAACGCGCCACGCCUCGCCCAGGAGGCGGGUGACCGACCCGGGUCGAGGAGCGCCUCGUCUCCGAGUCCUGGACAUUGUGCGUGAAACACGUCUGCACUCGAGUGUCGGGCAUUAGCGACCGCUGACAUGCGGACGAUGAGGGCCUGAGCUUGGACAAGAGACUGAAGCAUGGCGCAGAGGUCCGAGACCUCGAACGAGGAGUCCUAUCUGAGCUCGGGGCGGCCGUCGAACCUCCUAAAGACCUCCUUCUCGAACGCCAAGCUCGAGCGUCUCUACCGGGCCUCCUCGCUUCAGCAGCGCCGCGGUGGGUUGCACUGCUUCCUAUUCUCCGCCAUUCUCUUCGACGUCUUCACCCUGCUCUCGCCCGAGGCUGAGACCCCGGCGAGGGGACUCACCGGCGUCUUCCUUGGCGCCAACAUCGCCCUUCUCGCUUGGGCCCAGCGUGGUGCCAAGGCCAGGGACUUCGUCUGGUCUACCGUCACACUCGUCGCCUGGCACAUCUCGAUUGCUCAGAUACUGGUUCAGCUCUUCCUCAAGUCCACCGAGGUGACACCGCGCGACGGCCUCGGCUGGCUUCUGCUCCUGCUUUACCUACUCUUCGCCACCCUACCGCUAAGGCUGUCCUUAUGCUCGCUACUGGCCCUUGGCAGCGCCGUUGCCUACAUCGUGACGGUCGUUGGACUGUCGAAGGCCCCUUCGCAGAUACCGAUCGAUGUGCUAAUACUGACGGUCACACUGUCGGCCGGCGCCGCUGCAUUGGGGGCCUCGAGUUACUCCUUGUCGGAGUUUCAGCAGCGUAGGGCCUUCCUCGAGACUAGACAGAGCCUCGAAGUUCAGCUGAUAAUUGAGGAGCAGAGUGCGGAACAGGAGCGCCUGCUGCUUAGCGUCCUGCCGGAGCACGUAGCCGUGAAAAUGCGGCAGGAUUUGGGCGCGUCGAUGGACACCCAGUUCAAGAAGAUAUACAUGUCGAGGCACGAGAACGUGUCCAUAUUAUACGCCGACAUUGUCGGGUUCACGGCGAUAUCGUCGACCUACAGCGCCAGCGAACUGGUCAAGAUAUUAAACGAACUUUUCGCUCGAUUUGAUCAGCUCAGUGAACGGUACGAGCAACUACGUAUAAAAAUCCUGGGGGACUGUUACUACUGCAUAAGCGGAGCCCCGGUUGAGCGACCAGAUCACGCGGUGCUCUGCAUACACAUGGGACUGUCGAUGGUCGACGCCAUAAAGUACGUUCAGCAGACGACGAAUAGCCCGGUCGACAUGAGAGUUGGAAUUCACACGGGGGCUGUUUUGGCCGGUGUUCUUGGACAGAGGCAGUGGCAGUUCGACGUCUACAGCAAGGACGUUGAGCUCGCUAACAAGAUGGAGAGCAGCGGAAUGGCGGGGAGGGUUCACAUAUCGAACACCACCCUGAGUUUCCUGAACGGGGAAUUCGAAGUGGAACCUGCCUACGGAGAAAAACGUGAGGAGGCACUGCAGAAGGCCGGAUUAACGACGUACUUCAUCGUCAGAGCCUUGAAGCAAUGUCCUCCUCCAGCCGCCAAUAAGAGUUUGGCAUCAUUCACUGGUGAGUCGAUUCGCAACAAGGCUGACGAAGAUGAGGAAGGGCCGGUCGAAGACUCCGAAGACUUUAGGCAGCGACUACGCAAGGAGUUGUGCAGUAGAGAUGGCGGAGCAGAGCUGCGUGGGCACGCGUCCUGGUUCACCCUCCAAUUCAAGGACCCGCAAGUGGAAGACGCUUUCCACAGUGCAAAGGAGGCCUUCUCGCCGCUAUCGCUGCUCGGCGGACCCUUGGUGAUGGUCGCAGCAUCGCCGGUUUGGAGGUUGCAGCCAUGGGGCCCCUUCACGUGGGGUGGGGCCGGGGUGGUGACUCUCUUCGGGGUUGUUUUGGCUGGGGCAACGUGCCUGGGGAGCGCGGUACGCCCGCGUUGGUUCCGGCGGACACUGGCGCUGCUGAUGAUAUUCUCGCUAAGCGUCUUCCUGCUACUGGACAUGGGCAACUGCGCAAUUGUCGAGGAGGUUGAACCACCCACCAAUACCUCGCUAGGUUGGUCCCCCCGCUGCCCGUAUCCCUCCUACUACUCCUAUGUCGGCGUUCUUGCCCUCGUCGUCAUCUCCAUGCCCGCCUACAUCAGCUACCUCGGCAAGGCCCUCCUCAUGAGCAUCCUAGCCAGCGCUCAGUGCAGUGUCAACGUCAUGAUUCUCGGGCCCAGUCUGGACAGGGAAGACCUGGCCAUCUACCCGCCAGGCUCAGUUGCCUUUCCACUCAAGUACGCACUCUCAGCGACGCUGAUACUCAUCACGAUCACCCUCGUUGUCGUCGCAAAAUACACCGAGAAAGCGAGGAGGAUUCUUUACCUACGAGGUAGGGAAGUCGUGGCACAGCGGGAACGCGUCGCUGACAUGAAGCGGAGGAACGGCGCCCUGAUUUACAACAUCCUGCCGCCGCACGUGGCUGCCUAUUUCCUAUCCACUGCCAGGCACCACGAUGAUCUUUAUAGUCAGAGCUACGCCGAGGUCGGCGUCCUCUUCGCGAGCAUGCCCAACUUUGCUGACUUUUAUAGCGAGGAGAGCAUCAAUAACCAGGGACUGGAGUGCCUGAGGUUCCUCAACGAAGUCAUUUCGGACUUUGACGCGAUCUUGGACCAAUCCAAGUUCAAGGAUAUCAUCAAGAUCAAGACUAUCGGUUCCACCUACAUGGCGGCCUCCGGUAUCACCGAGUCCGAUGAGCCUGAGGACGGUCCGAGGUGGGGCCACCUUUCGACCCUGGUUGAGUUUGCUCUCGAACUUAAGAAGGCCUUGUCCAGCAUAAACGAGCAGAGUUUCAACCACUUCGUGCUGAAAAUGGGUAUCAACCAUGGGCCUAUAACCGCCGGCGUUAUCGGUGCUAGGAAACCUCACUACGACAUUUGGGGAAACACCGUGAAUGUUGCUUCUAGGAUGGAGAGUACCGGGAAAGUCGGCUGCAUUCAGGUCACCGACGAGACCCGGAAGAUCUUAGAGCCCUUUGGCUUCGAGUUUGAGCAGCGUGGGCUUGUCUUCGUUAAAGGGAAGGGUCAGCUACUGACGCACUAUCUAGUAGCACGGGACAGCAUUCCCCUGGACCUGGACAGUGAUCUGCCCGUUGAACCAAUUCAUCCGAUCAUCUACCAGUAGAUGAUGGUGUUUGAAAGAAAGCGAAAGAUUUGAUUUACUGUCCUGGUCUCAGGGGAAAGCGUACAGUAGGGCGCGUCACCUUCUGCCGGGGUAAUAAUGGCGGGCUCGAUCCUUGAGGGGUCUGGUUUUCUUUGAUUGUUUGGUUCUUUUUUUACUUUGGUUUCCUACUGCUGGUUGUACACAGUAAUCUCUCAACGUAGACAGUGAUAGUCAUUGCAAGGACGGGUCGGUUUGAAGUGAAUAUCAUCAAUGACGUGAUGGCUUGUUGCGUAACCAGCCUAGUGUACAUUAACGAUAUUUCGGCAAGCAUGGCUUUUGAAUUAGAGCGUUUUUUAUUCAUAGGUAUCGUUUUCUUUUGCCUUCCUUUUACCCUAUCUAUACUUUGGAUAUAUUUAUAGUUCGUUUACAUCCGGACUCAAUGUGUCUGGUACACACACGCGGAUGUGUUGUAGUUGUGUGUAUGUGGGAGAGAAAGAGAGGGGGGCGGGGAAAGAGAAAAAAGAGUAGUGUGACAUCAUCAACCGUUUUGUUUCUUCCGGAGAGUUUAUCAAAAGUUUUGAAAGACAACCAGGUCUUGACGCAAAAUAUUUUAUCAUGGUAAAAAGUAGCAUUUAGCGUUUACCCAUAGAACCACACCUGUAGAAUAUUUUUCCCAACUGCUUGUGUGUAAACUAAAGUUGAAGAUAAUGCGAUCGUCUGGUGACUGGCGACAGUCGAUAAAUGCGAAAGCGAGAGUGGGAGAAUGUUUGUGAUAACCAGUCCACUCGUUAUUUUGCUUAAGUAGAAAUGGCGCUCCCUUCUGUAUUUUUGCCGCCCCUGUAUUCUAGAAAUGUAGCCUUAGCAUCCGUCAUUAAUUAAUGAUUGACGCAUUGUCGCAUAGCUCAUUAUUGACUCUGGAUGACGAAUGUUUUGGAAAAUCGAGAAGACUACUUGAACGCAACAAUUGAAAACACAAGGGUAGAAAAGAUUUCUACGUAGUGCAAUCUGCGAAAAGCUUGCUCAUUUUUUUCUAAGUUUCUAAGCCUCUUUUAUUUCUGCACUUUAGCUUAUUUCUUAUUUCAUCACUGCAGAAGGAGCUUUUUGACAGACUAAUGACUUGGCAUCAGAAACACUAAAGCGGACAAGACCAUACUUGACUAUUUAUUCUGUCACUUAUUUUCUUAUAGAUUAUCUUUAUCUACCCUUUUUUCUUCUUCUUCAACUUGUUCCUCCGGUUAGAUUAUAUAAGUUAUUUCCGCACCAAAGAUAC